AUGUCUCAACACUCUAAAGCCUGCUGCACCGUGCCUCCUGCGGUCGCAGAGCACUAUGAGCCUAAGGGCAAAUACAUCACCCUCAAUGGGCUGCGUACAUACGUGACCGGCCCCGACGACGCCGAUACUGCGAUUCUCUCGAUAUAUGACAUCUUUGGCUUCUUGCCUCAGAUUGUGCAGGGAGCCGACAUCCUGGCAUACACUGACAAGGAGCACCCUAAGCAGGUCUUCAUGCCCGACUUCUUCAUGGAGAAUUGCGCAAAUAUCGAAUGGUACCCACCAGACACCAAAGAGAAGGAGCAGAAGCUCGGUGCGUGGUUCGAAAAUGCCGCGCCACCCAAGCAUCUUCCCAAGAUCCCUGCUAUUAUUUCCGAGGCCGAGAAGACCAAUUCCAACAUCAAGAGUUGGGGUAUGAUUGGCUACUGCUGGGGCGGUAAGAUGGUCUCGCUCAUCGGCGGUAAAGAGACCAAGUUCAAGGCCGGUGUCCAGACCUCGCCCGCCAUGGUCGAUCCCGAGGAGGCCAAGAAGGUCCAGAUCCCCAUGUGCAUCUUCCCUUCGCAGGACGAGCCAAAGGACGAAUGGGCUCAGUAUGACUCCAACCUCACCGUACCCAAGCAUUUCGAACGCUUCGACACUGUGCCUCAUGGCUUCAUGAGUGCUCGCGCCGAUCUCAAGGAUGCCGAACACAAGAAGCAGUAUGAGCACGGUUAUGAGGUGGCGCUCGAAUUCUUCAACAAGCACUUGUAA